ACGAAUUAAGUUUAAUAGAUGAUACCUGAAUACCUGCUCUGUAUUUGGUCCUCUCCAAGAUAAAUUUAUAAAUCUUAUAUGCCUGCUGCAUGCUGGAUUUUGGCGGAUAUUCUAGCUGAACUGAAUUCUGUGUAUUUUUUCUCUUGGCUUGGCACUGACCUUUUUUUAUUAGAAACUAUGGAUAACAUUGAUAAAGUAACAUAUUUAAAACCAUCGGAAAAAGCUGAGAAAAAAAUAUGUAGAUGUUCCAUUUGUGGCUAUCAAACACAAAACGUGUCACAUUUUAAACGACACCAAAAAAUUCACCUGGAACCAGAAGAACGGCAGUUGUUUUCUUGUGCGUACUGUAACAACAAAUAUAAGACAAAACCGAGCUUACAAUAUCACCUUGAGAAUAAUCAUACUAAUCCAAGAGAUCGCAAAAGAUCGCAAAAAGUCGAGAAAGUCUGUAGAUGUUCCAUUUGUGGCUAUCAAACACAAAAUAUGUCAUAUUUUAAACGACACAAGAAAAUUCACCUGGCACCAGAAGAACGACAGUUGUUUGCUUGUACACACUGUGGCCAAAAAUAUAUAACAAAACCUGGCUUAAAACGUCACCUUGUGGAUAAUCAUAUUGAUUUCAGGGCGAAGAAAUUAAAGAAAUCGCAGAAAAAGGUUUAUAGAUGUGCCGCAUGUGGCUACCAAACACCACAUAGGUCAGAUUUUCGCAAACACCAGAUAAUUCACUUGGCACCGGAAGAACGACAGAUGUUUGCCUGUAUGUGCUGUGACAAGAAAUAUACAUCAAAUCAGGCAUUACGAAAUCACAUCAUUCGUGAUCAUAUUGAUUCUAGAAAUACUGAUUGUAUAUCUCUAACUGAUGAAGUGAUAGUAGAUUCUUUAAAAAUGGAAAUUGAUGAUCACGCUCCGUUUUUCAGUGAGUUUGGAAAUGCUGGAUGUCUAUCUGCUACUAAUGACGUAAAAUUAGAAGAUUUUUUAAAAAGAGAGCCUGAUGUCGCUCCGAUUCUAAAUAAAGACUUGCACGAUGACUUUAAAAAUACCGAAGAUUUGUCUGUAAAUAAGGAAGUGAAGUUAGAGGAUUUUAUAAAAAUGGAACCAGACGAUGGCGCUGCCUUUCUGGAUGAAGAGUCGCGUUUUUAGGGGAAGAAAAUAUGUGUAACUAAAACAAAACCACGUGUUUUUUUGUUUAAUUUUCAUAUGUAAACAUAACUUUUAUAUUUUCAAGUUGUAUAGAUUUAUAGCUGUUAUAUUUUUAAUAAAAGUUAUACUGUAGCCACGGCAUAUAAAUUUAUGUGCCGUACUGUACUGUA